AACUUUUGAAUAGAGCAUUUUUAAAAGUAGCUACUAUGGAGAAAGCUAUUUCUGGUUUUAGAACUGCUGGAAUAUAUCCAUUAAACCCGGAUAAAUUUACCGAGGAAGAUUUUGCUCCUGAAAAUCAAAUAAGACCCCUGAUAGUUGAAGUUUCUACACCCGAUACUGAGAACGAUAUUGAAAGACCAUCAACACCCAUUGCUGGGCCUUCUACAUCACGAGAAUCUCCAGUAAAUCAGAAUAAAGCAGAACAACUAGAAAAAGCCGAGGAAAAAGAAGAAUGACAGCAGCCAACAAAGUUAAAAGAAACUUAAC